CCCACUUCUGCUCACUUUGCUCUCGCUUCUCCGGCAGUGAUGCGUAGCUACAGCGCUCCUCCGCUUCUGCUGCCCCUUUUCCUUCUUUCUGUUGGACUGAAGGCAACAGUAGCACGCUCUGUAGAGUACGAGACGGACCUUGUAGUGCCCUCUGAGCUGCAGCAGGAGCAGGUGGAGCUGAUUUGGGAAGCAUCCCGGUGGAGCAGAGGGCGCAGAAAGCGUUCUGAGGACCCGCAUGGCCACUUAUUUGUGUCGCUGCCUGCCUUCAGCCAAGAACUUUACCUGGAGCUUCAGAUGGACGAGGCGUUCCUUGCCAAGGACUUCAUGGUGGAAGAAAGGAGUCGAGGAGAAAGCGUCCAGCGUGAACCAGAUUUUAAAGGAAGGGUCUGUUUCUAUACCGGCACUGUCUUCAAUCACACUGACUCGUUUGCCUCUCUGGAUACUUGCGGUGGCCUGACUGGCCUGAUUCAAAUGGGAGAUGAGACACUGUUUAUCAAGCCCGUUCAUCAGGAACUCGAGUCUUUCUCAGGCGGAGAACACAAAGUCAUCAGACAAAAACGUUUUUCUGACAAAGCUUCCCAGUCCACAAACGGCAACCCAAAACACUGUCAAGUCAUCCAAGGGAAGCGAAAGGACCGGCGGUCUAAAAGCACAGAGGAUGCUCGUGGGAGGAGAAACGCUAUCCGGAUGAGCGGCGAAUACACUGUAGAGACGGUGGUGGUGGCCGACGCAGACAUGGUGCAGUACCACGGAGCCGAAGCAGCGCAACGCUUCCUGCUUACCGUCAUGAACAUGGUGUAUAACAUGUUCCAGCACCAGAGUCUGGGAGUGAAGCUAAACAUCCGAUUCACAAAACUGGUCCUCCUGCACUCCCGCCCAAAGAAGCUGAAGGUCAGCCAUCAUGGAGAGAAAACACUGGAGAGUUUCUGCCACUGGCAGCACGAAGAAUUUGGAAGGGCUCGAUAUUUAGGAAAUAACCAGGUCCCUGGCGGCAGAGACGAUCCACCACCCAUGGAUGUUGCAGUACUGGUCACAAGGACAGAUUUCUGUGUCCACAAAGAUGAGCCCUGUGACACUGUUGGUAUCGCUUAUUUAGGAGGCACCUGCAGCGCCAAGAGGAAGUGCGUAGUAGCCGAGGACAACGGCCUCAACCUGGCUUUCACCAUUGCCCAUGAACUCGGACACAGCAUAGGCAUGAGUCAUGACGAUGACCAUGCUGCUUGCACGGGACACUCACACAUCAUGUCCGGAGAGUGGGUCAAAGGUCGUAACCCUAGCGACCUAUCCUGGUCUACCUGCAGCCGUGACGACCUGGAAAACUUCCUCAGAUCAAAGGCCAGUUCCUGCCUGUUGCACACAGACCCACGGAGUCGGUACCUGGUGCGUCUUCCCGCGAAGCUUCCUGGCAUGCACUACAGCGCAGAUGAACAGUGCCAGAUUCUGUUUGGCACCAACGCAACCUUCUGCACCAACAUGGAGCACCUGAUGUGUGCAGGCCUGUGGUGUCUGGUGGAAGGAGAUACAUCCUGUAAGACCAAACUGGAUCCACCUCUGGACGGUACAGAGUGCGGCUCUGAUAAGUGGUGCAGAGCUGGUGAGUGUGUCAGUAAGACCCCGAUCCCUCAGCACGUGGAUGGAGACUGGAGUUCAUGGAGCCAGUGGAGCAUGUGCAGUCGGACUUGUGGUACCGGAGCUCGAUUCAGACAGAGGAAAUGCGAUAACCCUCCACCUGGUCCCGGAGGGAAACAGUGUCUGGGGGGCAGUGUGGAGCAUAAAGUGUGUGACGGUCCUCCAUGUGCCAAGGGUUCACCUACAUUCAGAGAUCAGCAGUGCCAGUCUCACGAGCGCCAAGUGGGCAAGAAGAAGAGCCAAUUGUGGACAGCUGUUGUAAAUGAUGAGAAGCCGUGUGCUCUUUACUGUACUCCGGUGGGCCGCGAUGCACCGAUGCUGAUGGCUGAGCGUGUGUUAGACGGGACUCCGUGUGGACCCUAUGAGAGUGACUUGUGUGUGCAUGGGAGGUGUCAGAAAAUCGGCUGUGACGGGAUCAUCGGGUCCUCAGGCAAAGAGGACCGCUGUGGAGUGUGUAAUGGAGAUGGCAAGUCCUGCAAAAUUAUCAAAGGAGAUUUCAAUCACAGCAGUGGCAUGGUCACCCCUAGCCAUUGUAAGAAGGUCUCUACGUGUGUGAUGUCAAAAUCCAGGGCUCUUCCCAAGUGUUUCUCAUGUUAUAUUGAGGCAGCUGUCAUUCCUGUAGGAGCGUGGCGAAUCAAAGUUGUGGAGGACCGUCCAUCACACAGCUUCCUCGCGUUGAAAGACUCAAGCAAGAGAUCCAUAAACAGCGACUGGAAAAUCGAGCUGCCAGGGGAGUUCGAGCUCGCCGGCACCACUGUUCGCUACGUUCGCAGAGGAUUAUGGGAAAAGAUGUCUGCCAAGGGACCCACUAAGACUCCUCUCCACCUCAUGGUACUACUGUUCCACGAUCAGACAUAUGGGAUCCACUACGAGUAUACAGUGUCUCUGAAUCAGUCUCAGGAGAGCAGUACAGAGCCAUCCAGAGAACCUGAGCACCUCUACCUGUGGACUCACAGCAGCUGGGAGGACUGCAGCAUGCACUGUGGAGGAGGGGAAAGAAAGACAGUGGUUUCCUGCAUGAGGAUGGUUAAUAAGUCCAUGACACUGGUGAAUGAGAGCUUCUGUCACCCAGAGAACCGCCCUGCACCCCAAGUCCGUCCAUGCAACUCUCAUCCGUGCCAAUACAGAUGGGUAGCAGGUGACUGGGGUGAUUGUUCAGUGACGUGUGAAAAAGGUGUACAGCAGCGUGAGGUUGGCUGUGUUUAUCAACUCCAGAACGGCUCGUUCCUCACGACACGAGAUCUGUACUGCCUCGGUGUAAAGCCGGAGAGCAUUCAACACUGCGAGGGACGCCACUGUCUCACUGCGUGGGAUGCCUCGGAGUGGAGCCAGUGUUCAUCUAAUUGUGGGCGGGGCAUCAGGAAAAGGACAGUGACAUGCACAAAUCCUCAGGGGCUUUGUGACCCUGCCACCCGUCCCACCCACCAGGAGCCAUGUGAGGAUUACUCAAAAUGCUAUGAGUGGAAGACAGGAGACUGGUCCAAGUGCUCAUCAUCCUGUGGACGAGGCCUUCAGUCUCGUGUGGUCCAGUGCAUGCAUAGAGUGACUGGUCGCCAUGGCAGUGACUGUCCCACAGUCUUAAAGCCACCAGCAUACAGGCAGUGUCAUCAGGGGGCAUGUAAUGACAGAAUUAAUGUCAACACCAUAACUUCACCAAGACUGGCGGCACUGACGUAUAAGUGUACAGGAGAUCAGUGGACGGUGUACUGUCGUGUCAUUCGGGAGAAGAACCUGUGCCAGGACAUGCGCUGGUACCAACGCUGCUGCCAAACUUGCAGAGACUUUUACGCCAGCACAAUGUCCCGCGAAAGUUAAUCAGCCUGGCACUUCUUCCCACGUAGCAGCUUAAUUUUUUUAUGUCCUCUUUUUGUACUGUCAUAAAUGACACUGUGUAUAUUGAUAUAAAGGAUUAUUAGAUUUUAAAGCAGAAACCAGUCAAAUGAUGCACAUGUCAGAUUUUUCAAAUUGGAUGUUGAAACUUUUAAGGUUUUGACAUGAAAAUGGUGCAAAAGGUCUAUGACUUUUUUUUAUUAUUAUAUUUGUCUUGCUGUAAACCAAAGUUGAGAAUAUUGGAGGCCAUUUGAGACUUCUUCAGCGAAGCAGCUUGGCUGUUGUACAGUGAGCUGAACAUUUAGGAAAUGAUUGGGCUUACAUUGCUUUCUAAAAGCCACUGGUUGGCCAGUAAUCCCAAAACUGAACAAUGGCACAUUUUUGUAAUUUUGAUAUACUAACCACAUAUUCAUUCUGUUAUCUUUUAUUUCUUCCAGAUUUCUUAGGUUCAUUAAGUGCUUUAUCAAGAUAAAAUGUUAAAAUAAUCAUGGUUUAUAGGGUCAUUUUCACCCUAUAAUCUAUGACACAAGGCAUGGUUGUCUUAAGUAGGAUCAUCUCUACAGGCUAAAUAGGUCAUAGUAAAAAGAGAGAGGACUUUACACCAACUAAAUGUAUGCCUAAGAGCAGUUAUCACUAGCCCUCCUUGUGAACAUCCAUGUGAAUCGAUAGUUAACAAAAUAGCUAGUGCUUCAUAAAAUAAGAAGUAGCAACAUCUAUAGACCCUAUGAAACGGUAAUACAGGAGACACCUGAGAUCUACACUUCAGAUAAUAAAAUCAUCAGGCCAAAUAUGCAAAAUUUUACUAAAUGUACUUUUUUAAACCAUUUUAUCAUGGUGAAAUUUGACCCGUGGUUUUACACGUCUCUGUAUUGUGAUUCACUAGAAACCAAGUGGGCGGAACAGAAAUGUCUUUGAUCUGAAAUAAAAAAGUGAGGACUUUCUUAUCUUUAGUUAGCAAAUCACAAUAUAAAUUCACUGAGAGAAAAACAAAACAAAACAAAAAAUAGUCUUCUCAUCCACCAGUAUACCUUUUUUGUGGUAAUUAUUUUUUUCCUGUCUGCUUGCAAGAAUUUUCUUAGAAAUGUUGCCACUUCUGCACAUAUACACACUACACACUACCCAAAGCUUGUCUGUUAAAUCCUGCAACCAAACUUGGACUGCAACAUUGCAUAUGCAACAACAGGAACACGAAAACAAGUGUUCAGAGUAGAGUAAUAGCAGGGACUUUAGUGGAGGUUAGACCUCAAGGUUUAUUGAAACAUCGCUAGGUUUUGACACGCAGGAUGUGUGUGAAAUGAACAUUAAUAUAGACUACAGGUUCCCUGUGUUCUCCAGGGAGUGGUGUUCUCCUGGACCAGGGUUGGGAGCCUGGGAUACACACAAUAUUCUCAGUUUCAGAAAACAUCAGCAUUAUAAGCUGCAGGAAAAACAGGAAACGAGCAAAUUUGCUAUUUGUUUGUUUGUUUUUAAGAAUUUGAGAAUUGUAUUGACACCAGAUAACACCUCCUUUCAUUGACAUUAUUUUUACUUUAUUGAGUUUCCCUAUUAUUGCACUGCAGAUACAAGGUUAAAGGUUAGUUUUAAAGAUCAAUGUUAAACGAGUAGGAGCAAUGUUCUAAUGACACGGCCAGUUCCUCUCCCUUAUUUUUCCAAUAAUAUAUACACAUAUUUUUUAUUUUUAGCAAAAUGUUUAAAACACACCAUCUGACUUCUGUCUUUCCUUGGCUACAGGAUCAACACAGAUAUAUUUAACUAUAUUCAUACUUAUUCUUCCAACUUAAUGAUUCGUCAUCCUAAAACAUUAACUUCAACAUAUUUUCCUUUUGUAUUUCAUUGUUUUUAGUAAGUACGUUCAAUGUUAGAUAUUUUUCAAUAAGAACAUUGCACAUUUGUUUACAUCUGUAAGAAAAGUGGAUGUUUAACUAGCAUACAGCUUUUCAUAUUUCCAGGAGUCAUGCUCAAAACAAGUUUUUCCUUUUCUUGUUGGGCACAAUUAUGAAACAACAAUGACCAGGUAUUUUAACUUUCAACAACUGCUGAUGACAUCGUCAGUAAAGUGUUUAGAACUGGUUAUAGCUCACAUGCAGGUUGCAUUAUUUUAGUGUAAAAUGUUACUUCCCAGGUUUUUACACUACACAAAAGUCCCUGUGUGUGUGUGUGUGUGUCUGUGUGUGUGUGUGUGUGUGUGUGUGUGUGUGUGUUAAAAUACCUUGGCCCCUGUUUUCUCAGGCAGUGCAGGGUUCAUUUGGUGCUAGACAAAUUUCACUGCUGUGGAAUUCAACAUUUUUUUUUGUCCUGUUUUUCUCAUGAUUGUUUUUAUGUAUUUUCUGACACAUAUGUUUUGUGAUGAUUAUUUAAUACUAAAAUGUAGCUACCUUACUAUUUCAGAGAUUUCAGCCCAGUGGUGCAAAUUGCUUCAUUUACUGCUAUGAUGCAGAUAUACGUACUGUAUAUAUUCCAGUACUGUAUGUCUUUAGUUGCACAUGAUGGUACAUUAUCUGCAUUUUUUGAUGGUGCUGAUUUGAUAACAACUGUUUAAAUGUCUAUACAAAAAUAAAUUAAUCUUAUAACACAUGAAAAUGUUUUACAUUUCAUAAAGCCAGUGCACAUUGAAUGAAUCCAUAUUCCCAUUUAUAAACAAUGAAAAGUUACUGUACGUUCCUGUUGUGUCUAUACAGUAUUUAAACUAAUUUCAAACAAAAUGUAACAGACAUUUAUUAAAAACAU